AUGCCACCCGCAUUACAUCCGUUUCUGGGUCAAUAUGCCACCGGCAUCAUAUCCGUUUCUGGGUCAAUAUGCCACUCGCAUCAUAUCCGUUUCUGGGUCAAUAUGCCACCUGCAUCAUAUCCGUUUCUGGGUCAAUAUGCCACCCGCAUCAUAUCCGUUUCUUGGUCAAUAUGCCACCCGCAUUAUAUCCGUUUCUGGGUCAAUAUGCCACCUGCAUCAUAUCCGUUUCUGGGUCAAUAUGCCUGCAUCAUAUCCGUUUCUGGGUCAAUAUGGUAUCCGUUUCUGGGUCAAUAUGCCACCUGCAUCAUAUCCGCAUUAUAUCCGUUUCUGGGUCAAUAUGCCACCUGCAUCAUAUCCGUUUCUGGGUCAAUAUGCCACCCGCAUCAUAUCCGUUUCAAUAUGCCACCCGCAUAUCCGUUUCUGGGUCAAUAUGCCACCGGCAUCAUAUCCGUUUCUGGGUCAAUAUGGCACCCGCAUUAUAUCCGUUUCUGGGUCAAUAUGCCACCGGCAUCAUAUCCGUUUCUGGGUCAAUAUGCCACCCGCAUAAAUCCGUUUGGGUCAAUAUGGGUCAAUAUGUUUCUGGGUCACCCUGCAUCAUAUCCGUUUCUGGGUCAAUCCGUUUCCGUUUCUGGGUCAAUAUGCCACCGGCAUCAAAUCCGUUUCUGGGUCAAUAUGUUUCCAAUAUGCCACCCGCAUUAUAUCCGUUUCUGGGUCAAUAUGCCACCGGCAUCAUAUCCGUUUCUGGGUCAAUAUGCCACCUGCAUCAUAUCCAUUUCUGGGCCAAUAUGCCAUCCGUUUCUGGGUAUGCCAAUUAUAUCCGUUUCUGGGUCAAUAUGCCACCUGCAUCAUAUCCGUUUCUUGGUCAAUAUGCCACACGCAUUAUAUCCGUUUCUGGGUCAAUAUGCCACCUGCAUCAUAUCCGUUUCUGGGUCAAUAUGCUACACGCAUCAUAUCCGUUUCUGGGUCAAUAUGCCACCCGCAUUAUAUCCGUUUCUGGGUCAAUAUGCCACCUGCAUCAUAUCCGUUUCUGGGUCAAUAUGCCACCCGCAUCAAAUCCGUUUCUGGGUCAAUAUGCCACCUACAUCAUAUCCGUUUCUGGGUCAAUAUGCCACCUGCAUCAUAUCCGUUUCUGGGUCAAUAUGCCACCCGCAUUACCUCCGUUUCUGGGUCAAUAUGCCACCGGCAUCAUAUCCGUUUCUGGGUCAAUAUGCCACCUUAUAUCCAUUUCAAUAUCCAUUUCCGUUUCUGGGUCAAUAUGCCACAUACAUCACCGCAUCAUCAUCCGUUUCUGGGUCAAUAUGCCACCUCCGUUUCACGCAUCAUAUCCGGGUCAAUAUUCCGUCCGUUCUGGUUCAAUAUCCGCAUCAUAUCCGUUUCUGGGUCAAUAUGCCACCCGCAUCAUAUCCGUUUCUGGGUCAAUAUGCCACCUGCAUCAUAUCCGUUUCUGGGUCAAUAUGCCACCUGCAUCAUAUCCAUUUCUGGGCCAAUAUGCCACCUGCAUCAUAUCCGUUUCUGGGUCAAUAUGCCACCCGCAUUAUAUCCGUUUCUGGGUCAAUAUGCCACCUGCAUCAUAUCCGUUUCUGGGUCAAUAUGCCACACGCAUCAUAUCCGUUUCUGGGUCAAUAUGCCACCCGCAUUAUAUCCGUUUCUGGGUCAAUAUGCCACCUGCAUCAUAUCCGUUUCCAAUGGUCUGGGUCAAUAUGCCACCCGCAUCAAAUCCAUUUCUGGGUCAAUAUGCCACACGCAUCAUAUCCGUUUCUGGUCAAUAUGCCACCUGCAUCAUAUCCGUUUCUGGGUCAAUAUGCCACCCGCAUUAUAUCCGUUUCUGGGUCAAUAUGCCAAUAUGCCUGCAUUAUAUCCGUUUCCGGGUCAAUAUGCCAUAUCCGUUUCUGGGUCAAUAUGGCACCCGCAUUAUAUCAUCAUUCCGUCGGUCAAUAUGCCACCUGCCAUUUUCUGGGCCAAUAUGCCACCCGCAUCAAAUCCGUUUCUGGGUCAAUAUGCCACCUACCAUAUCCGUUUCUGCCAUUAUCAUAUCCGUUUCCCGCAUUACCUCCGUUUCUGGGUCAAUAUGCCACCUGCAUCAUAUCCGUUUCUGGGUCAAUAUGCCACCGCAUCAUAUCCGUUUCUGGGUCAAUAUGCCACCCGCAUCAAAUCCAUUUCUGGGUCAAUAUGCCACCAUCAUAUCCGUUUCAAUCAUAUCCGUUUCUGGGUCAAUAUGCCACACCUUUUCAUCAUAUCCGAUUCUGGGUCAAUAUGCCACCGCAUCAUAUCCGUUUCUGGGUCAAUAUGCCACCCGCAUUAUAUCCGUUUCCGGGUCAAUAUGCCACCUGCAUCAUAUCCAUUUCCGGGUCAAUAUAUGCCAUAUCCAUUUCAUAUCCGAUUCUGGGUCAAUAUGCCACCCGCAUUAUAUCCGUUUCUGGGUCAAUAUGCAUCAUAUCCGUUUCAUCAUAUCCACCUGCAUCAUUCCAUUUCUGGGCCAAUAUGCCACCUGCAUCAUAUUUAUGGGUCAAUUUCAUUACAUCCGUUUCUGGGUCAAUAUGCCACCAUAUCCGUUUCUGGGUCAUAUGCCACAUCAUAUCCGUUUCUGGGUCAAUCCGUUUACCGGCAUCAUAUCCGGGUCAAUAUGGCACCCGCAUUAUAUCCGUUUCUGGGUUACAUCCGUUUCUGGGUCAAUAUGCCACCCGCAUCAAAUCCGUUUCUGGGUCAAUAUGCCAUACAUCAUAUCCGUUUCAAUAUGAAAACCUGCAUCAUCCGUUUCUGGGUCAAUAUGCCACCGCAUUACCUCCUUUUCUGGGUUAUAUCCAUUUUCUGGGUCAAUAUGCCACCUGCAUCAUAUCCGUUUCUGGGUCAAUAUGCCACCCGCAUUAUAUCCGUUUCUGGGUCAAUAUGCCACCUGCAUCAUAUCCGUUUCCGGGUCAAUAUGCCACCUGCAUCAUAUCCAUUUCUGGGCCAAUAUGCCACCUGCAUCAUAUCCGAUUCUGGGUCAAUAUGCCACCCGCAUUAUAUCCGUUUCUGGGUCAAUAUGCCACCUGCAUCAUAUCCGUUUCCGGGUCAAUAUGCCACCUGCAUCAUAUCCAUUUCUGGGCCAAUAUGCCACCUGCAUCAUAUCCGUUUCAAUAUGCCACCCGUUCAAUCCGUUUCUGGGUCAAUAUGCCACCGGCAUCAUCCGUUCUGAGUCAAUAUGCCAUCCGUUUCUGGGUCAAUAUGCCACCCGCAUUAUAUCCGUUUCUGGGUCAAUAUGCCACCUGCAUCAUAUCCGUUUCUGGGUCAAUAUACCAUGCAUCAUAUCCGUUUCUGGGUCAAUAUGCCACACGCAUUAUAUCCGUUUCUGGGUCAAUAUGCCACCAGCAUCAUAUCCGUUUCUGGGUCAAUAUGCUACACGCUUCAUAUCCGUUUCUGGGUCAUAUGGCAUAUAUCCGUUUCUGGGUCAAUAUGCCACCCGCAUCAAAUCCGUUUCCGGGUCAUUAUAUCCGUUUCAUAUCCGUUUCUGGGUGCCCACCCGCAUCAUAUCCGUUUCUGGGUCAAUAUGCCACCCGCAUUAUAUCCGUUUCUGGGUCAAUAUGCCACCCGUUUCAUAUGCCACCCGCAUAUCCGUUUCUGGGUCAAUAUGCCACCUGCAUCAUAUCCGUUUCUGGGUCACUAUGCCACCCGCAUUAUAUCCGUUUCUGGGUCAAUAUGCCACCCUCAUUAUAUCCGUUUCUGGGUCACUAUGCCACCCGCAUUAUAUCCGUUUCAGGGUCAAUAUGCCACCCGCAUUAUAUCCGUUUCUGGGUCAAUAUGCCACCCGCAUUUUAUCCGUUUCUGGGUCAAUAUGCCUCCUGCAUCAUAUCCGUUUCUUGGUCAAUAUGCAACCCGCAUUAUAUCCGUCUCUGGGUCAAUAUGCCACCCGCAUUAUAUCCGUUUCUGGGUCAAUUAUAUCCGUUUCCAAUAUGCCACCUACAUCAUAUCCGUUUCUGGGUCAAUAUGCCACCCGCAUUAUAUCCGUUUCUGGGUCAAUAUGCCGUUUCUUGGUCACCCGCAUCAUAUCCGUUUCUGGGUCAAUAUGCCACCCGCAUUAUAUCCGUUUCUUAUAUCCGUUUCUGGGUCAAUAUGCCAAUAUCCGUUUCCAAUAUGCCCCUGCAUUAUAUCCGUUUCUGGUCAAUAUGCCAUAUCCGUUUCUGCAUCAUAUCCGUUUCUGGGUCAAUAUGCCACCCGCAUUAUAUCCGUUUCUGGGUCAAUAUGCCACCUGCAUCAUAUCCGUUUCUGGGUCAAUAUGCCACCCGCAUUAUAUCCGUUUCUGGGUCAAUAUGCCACCCGCAUUAUAUCCGUUUCUGGGUCAAUAUGCCACCCGCAUCAUAUCCGUUUCUGGGUCAAUAUGCCACCUGCAUUAUAUCCGUUUCUGGUUCAAUAUGCCACCUGCAUCAUAUCCGUUUCUGGGUCAAUAUGCCACCCGCAUUAUAUCCGUUUCUGGGUCAAUAUGCCACCCGCCUCAUAGUCUCUGGCUGA